CUGCACGUUACCUAAAGUUUGCAAAGUCUACAAACUAAGAAGAUCCUCUCUACUCUGUAAUCAAGAUCUCUCGGCCGUUACAUGCCCACCUUCUCCACAACGAGAAGCUACACAGGCCGAACGGUUCCCCAGCCGGAGGAAUUAAGUCCGGUCGGACAUCCCCCGAUCAACAGUCCCUCUGAUAUAUGAAUCGCUGGAUCUGCAUCUCGCGAGCAAUUCGCCGUUCUAGAACCGUUUUUACAAAAAUCCAAAAUGCCUGAAAUCUUCGACGACAAGUCCGAGCACUGCAUUCCGUUCCUGCUUGAGCGCCUCAAGGCCCACCAGGCGCAGUACGGGGACGACCCCUCCAAGACCCCGCCGUUCUUCCUGGGGCUGAACGGUGUCCAGGGCGCUGGGAAAACAGUGCUGGUGUCCACGCUGCAAUCCACCCUCCGCUCGCCGCCAUACUCUCUCCCCGUCGUCACUCUCUCCCUCGACGACCUCUACCUCACCCACGAUGACCAGGUCCAACUCGCAAAGAACAACCCGACCAAUCCACUCCUCCAGCACCGCGGCCAACCAGGUACACACGACCUUCCCCUCGCCGAGUCCGUCUUUGCAUCUCUCCGCUCGGGCCGCCCCACCGCGAUCCCUCAGUACGAUAAAUCGGCGUUCAGCGGGCAGGGCGACCGGGUCCCGCAGGCGCAAUGGGAAACGGUUAACGAGUCGGGCCAGGAGCAGAUCAAGGUUCUUAUCUUUGAAGGGUGGAGUGUGGGGUUCCGCGCUUGGAACGAAGAUGUCCUCCGGGCCAAGUGGGAAGCCGCGGUCCGGACGAAAGAUGACAAGGGAUCUGACUAUAAGGGCCGCCUGGGCCAUGUGAGAUUUGAGGACGUUAAGAUGGUUAAUGAUCUAUUGAGGAGAUAUGAUGGCUUGACUAACCAGCUGGAUGCGCUGAUACAUAUCGACGCCAAGGAUAACCACUACGUUUAUGAGUGGCGACAAGAACAAGAGCGAACUCUUCGGGCUACAAAGGGUAUCGGCAUGACCGAGGAGCAGGUCAAUAACUUUGUUGAUGGCUAUUACCCAUCCUACGAGCUCUACAGCGAAACUCUCCGCGAAGGUGCCUUCAAGCCCGUCCCUCAUUCAACCACAGCAUCCGCAUCGCCAUCCGGAUGGGAAGGUAAACAGCUUAGACUGAUCGUUGACAAGGGUAGAAAGGUGCAGGACGUUAUCAAAAUAUAGAUAUUUUUUUUUUCUGUAUAUACUCAGAUUCUGCAUGAAAUCUCGUAAGUGGUUACGUUUCAAUUUAUAUAUGUGUGUGAGUAGCGAUGAUAAGCGGGGCUAAAACAAGGAGAGAAAGCAUGCCGAAAUGGAAUUCCAUUUUGGAUAUAGACAAGGC